AUGCAGAGAGCAUUGAGUCUGGUGUCUCUCCUGGUCCUGGGGUCGGCUUGGACCCUGCAGGCGGCCCAUGUGCUCACAGAACCUCUUAUCCUCACACAGGAGAACUUCGAUCUGGGCCGGUUUAUGGGGAAGUGGUAUGAGGUAGCAGUGGUUUCUACUUGUCCUCACUACAUGCAGAGAAAGCGGGGAAACCCCAUCAUUGUUGCACUGGAGCUGCAACAUGUUCCAUGUGAGGACAACUUCACAAUGAUGGGCACUAGUUUCAGGAAUGGCUCAUGUAAGCAGAUGUCCACAGUUCAUGGUCUGACCACCACUCCAGGACGAUUCUACCACCAUGUUGCAAGGUUCGGAGCAGAUGUUGAUUCCUUUGUGGUUCAUUCCAACUAUGAUGAGUAUGCAAUGAUGCUUCUGCUGAGCACAGAGAAACCAUCAGGAAAUAAAACCACCACAGUCAAGCUUUAUAGUCGAAAUAUGAAUGUGAAGGCUGCUGUGCUGGACGACUUCAAAACACUGGUCAGACAACAUGGAUUAAGUGACGACACUAUCAUCAUGAAUCAGAACAAAGGUGAGUGUGUUCCAGGUGAGCAGGGGACAAAGCCCAUCACUACUCAGCCUCAGACUUUGGCUCCCAAGAAGUCAAAAAGAAACGUGGUGCCACCCUGUACAAGAGGAGGAUGCUGGUAAUAUUUGACCAGGCUGGGAGACCAUGUGGAACACUUGAAAAGGACGAUCGUCACACAAACACUUACCAGACUAAAAUAUUUUCACACUGUUGAGUGUGAAAACACAUUUUCAAGUCUUAUCUCUUAUCUUAUGGUAAAACAAUCACUGUUUAGUUAGUACUGACUUCCUAUGGAUAUGGUACACACUGUAUAAAUACUAUACUGUAUGUUAAUUUAGCACUAUUUUUAUUAUGGUAUUUUCAUUUAUGUGAAAAGGCUUGGUAUGUCAAAAGUAAGUUGUAAUGGAGGCGCUUUGCAAAUAAAAUUAUUCAGUGUUAAUCUGAGUGCAUUUGACCUUUCAGAGUACAUACAGAAAGCUGCACUGUAUAUCUUAUAGUGUUGGUCCGAACCUCUCGUUAUUUAAACAUAAAAUAAACUAAAGACAAAAAAGAAAGAAAGAAAUGUGGAGUCUUAAGGAGUUGACUUGAUAAAACUCCCACCAGCUAACCAUUAAGGAAUACAUAGCUAUUCAUUAUUACUUUAUUGC